GUUAAUAUCCGUGGUCCGAAAGAGGACGUUGCUCGAGCUGAGAAAAUGUUGAUGGCACUGGCGAAAGAUCGUGAGUUGUCGAGUUUCGAGGAUUCGGUUUCGGCCAAACCUGAAUUUCACAGAUUUAUCAUUGGCAGAGGAGGCGCACGCAUAAAAAAGAUCCGUGAAUUAUAUCCGGAUGUUCGUGUUUUGUUCCCACGUGAAACGGACACGGAAAGAGAGAAAAUUCAUCUGGUUGGGAAGAAAGAAGAUGUGAUGAAAGUGAAAAAACAGCUCGAAGCUAUGAUUAACGAACUGAACGAAACGGUUGAAAUCAAAAUGGACGUUGCGCCCAAACAUCAUCGCCAUUUCAUUAUGCGUGGCGCUGCGGUGGUCCGUGAAAUUCAGGAGCAAAAUGGCGGUGUAAUUAUCUCGUUCCCACGUGCCGGUACAAAUGAUGCCAAAGUGACACUGAAAGGUAGCAAGCAGUGCGUGGAAUGCGCCAAAGCUCGAAUCGAGGAGAUUGUGGAGGAUUUGGAAUCACAGUUGACGCUGAAACUUGAGAUUCCAGCGGAACAUCAUCGUGCUUUACUGUCAAAUCGUGGACAAAAAAUUCAGGAUCUUCAAGCGAAGUAUAAUGUUUUGAUCAAAUUCCCAGACCGAAGAUUACGAACAGAGAAUACCUUCAAUGGAAUGGAAAAAAGUGCCGAUGGUGGGCCAUCGCCGCUUGAUAUUGUCACAAUCAGUGGUCGAGAUGUACGUUGCAAAGAAGCUGCUGAAGCGCUGAAAGCCCUGGUACCGGUCACAACAACGGUUUGCUUUUUCCCCCACGCGCUAUUGUUUCCACUUUUUUCAGUAUUGCGAUUUAUCCUCACAAUUUCCUCGUGA